CGCGCGUCCCGUCCGUUUCAGUUUUGGAGUAGAUGUGCUGAAGAAGCGAAGGUGGAAAAUAUAAUGGUGCGUGUAUUUGAGACAAAGUUUCUUGCAAUUAUUGUCAAUUUUCCCUUUGUUAUUUUGGCGGAAGAGUGAAAAAGUCGAAAAGUGGUUCCAUGGAGCCACCACCGAAAGACUUCUCCUUAGUCCCCAGGGCCCGCCUUGACGAAAUGUCUUCGGGGAAGAUUGGUUCCUAAUACUCAUCAUCAAAAUGGCAGCCCAGUGUUUAUGGAAAAGAUUGCCUGGAUGUCGAGAAGUGUUGCAGCUUUCGCACCGAUUGAAAGAAAGAGGAAUUCGGCCUCUGUGUAGGGGAUUUAGUCUAGAAACAAAAGGAAAGGGUAAACGAUUUCCCUGGACUUUGUUGGGUUCAUUAGCUGGUUUCUCCCUUGGAUAUCUGUUAGCAAAGCACAGAGAGAAUCAACUCGCUGGUAUUCGUGGCCUGAUGGUUGCAGCAAAGACAAAUUUUCAGGAUGAGGUAAACUCAACCGAUUCUGGAUCACCCCCACGAUCUGCAACGUUCAAUUUUAUCGCAGACGCCGUGGAAAAAGCUGCACCAGCUGUUGUGUACAUUGAAAUCACGGGACGACGCGCGGGAUUCGGGUUCAUGGGACAUACUGGUCCUACUAGCUCAGGUUCCGGGUUUAUAGUAACUGAGGACGGUAUGGUUCUGACAAAUGCGCAUGUUGUUGAAAACGCUGCAAAAGUGACUGUGAAAUUAAAAGAUGGAAGGGAAUUUAGUGGCAUUGUUGUUGAUCUUGACUUUGAAAAUGACCUGGCAGCCGUGCAGCUAGAGUCAGAUAAGAAUAUUAAAUUCCCAACACUUACCCUUGGUUCAUCAUCGACAAUAAGACCAGGAGAGUGGGUUGUGGCUAUGGGUAGCCCCCUUCAGCUUAGUAACACAAUAACAGCUGGAAUUGUUAGUACAGUGCAUCGUGCAGGUGGAGAGAUUGGACUUCCAAACCCAGAGAUGGAAUAUAUCCAGACAGAUGCUGCAAUAAACAUUGGAAACUCAGGAGGACCUCUGGUCAAUCUGGAUGGUCAUGUUAUUGGGAUUAAUGCAAUAACUGUAAGAUUUGCAAGUGGAAUUUCAUUUUCCAUCCCUAUUGACACUGCUAAAGAGUUUCUAUCACAAGCAAUAGAGAGACUUAGGAGCGGUAAACACACACAGAGCAAAAGUCCAAAGAGGCAACUGGCUCCAUAUGAACGCUGGUAUAUUGGUGUCAGUAUGUUGACACUGACUCCACAGAUAUUAGAGCAACUGCGGCGAAGGGACCAAAGUUUCAAUAAAGUGAAAUCUGGAGUGUUUAUUCCACAAGUCAAUUAUGGGUCACCGGCACACAGGGCUGGUGUGCUACCUGGUGAUAUUUUGACAAAAAUAAAUGGCAACAAAAUAGUGUCCAAUAAAGAAGUGUACCGACAUGUAAACAGAGGAGAAACUUUCGAGGUUGAAGUGAAGAGAGGGGAUAAGCAUCUUAUAUUCACCCUUGAACCUGAAGUUGUGGGAUAAGUUAUUGUUCAGGGCUUUUACACCUGGCUUGGUACAAAAUAAAUUUGAUUCAUGAAAAAUUUCCUACAAAUCUUUACUUUGCGAGUGGUCAAUUAAGGAAACCCAGUGCAAGAAAAUAUCUAAAGGGUAAUAAACUAGGCAGCUUUAUUUACAUAUCUUACUCCCUCCCUAUCAUCCAGUUCCAGAAACUACCAUUUCAGUAAUUUAAAGGAAGUUUCAAAACUACCACAAAUUGGUGAGAUGAUGUUUUCUGAUUCAAAUUAAAAGCAAAUUAUGAGGGAAUGAGCUGCCAAGUAUGGCCAAUGUUUGGUAGUGCAUUGUUAGGCAGAGGACAACUUAGUUCAAAGUGUGCACCUCAGCAUUCAAUGUGUGUUGUUCAUAGCCUUCACACUAUCACAAGGAGAAAGUUGAAUUGUUCCAGACUUGUCCCAAAUGUUUAGGUGGAGGAAGAGGGAAAAGUAGAGGAACAGGAAAUUAUCACCAGCCUUCAAGAGGAAGAAUAUGAUGGAAAAAUUCAACUGGACCAUUCUGUGGAGGAUGAUGAUGAGGAUAAUGAUACUGUCACAUAUUUGCACAGCUCAUAAAGGGAAAACUGUGCAAGUAAAUUUAAUUGAAGUCCACACACCAACAGUGAACUAAAGCAAAGCAAUCUGCUUGACAAUAUGGGACUAGAUGUAGUUUCUGCAACCUUAACAACUUUUUGUACAACUUGUGAAACACUGAACUUUGGUUCUUGACCACGUGACGUACAUGUAACCCACCCCUGAUUACUCAUCCAACAUGCUAACAGACCCCCUAAGGAUUUGAAUCUUUCCCAUUUUUACGUACCGUUACUCUUUCUAGGGACAAAUGAAAAUGUACAUUUCUUGGCUAAAAAUGUUUCCCCCCCCCCCCCAAAAAAAAAAAAAUAAAUGACACUUGUCUGUCUUGUUCCCAGUGAAUACUUUUUAUUGCAAAUAUCUCCAACAGUUGAAGUUUGUAAUAUAGUUGCAAGAUGUGUUCAAGAUAAUCUUUUUUACUAAUACUAUUUUUUAAUAUUUUGAGUCUGACAUCUUACAGAAUAAUAUAACCAUCCUAUUAUUACUAGAAAUUAAGAAUGUGAUGAUAAACUUGGAAGAAAAGGGUGUAGUAACUGUGCAAAACACAACCCAGGUUAAUGAAGAGUUGACCAGUACCUGGAGCCAGCAUAUUACAGUGGUUUGUAUUUGGGUGAGGUACUGCAUUGCCUUGUCCCUAAAGACUAAGCCCCAUAAUUUAUAACUCAGUCUAGACUUUUUAAGUAUACUGAAGAAAGGACUCUUUGUCAACUACUACUAAGUUCUUCAACAAGUUAAAAUUUACCUUGUUUUUUUCCAUUUUUCCCGAAAUCAUUGUAAAAUAGACACAACUCCCAAUCACUAUUAGUUAUCAUUUUAUUUCCUUGUAGGCCUCUCAUCUAAGUGUUCAGGCAUUUCUACUUUGUUUAAAAUUAUGGAUCACAGCCAUGUUUUCUGUAAAAUAUAUCACUGGUACCCAGUGAAUCCCCACCACAACAAUAUUUCAACCUAAUACAGAAAUAAUUUUGACCAAACUCUUAAACUUGAAACCAACUUACAAAAUUUGUUGUAUCACAUUUCUGGAAUCUCACAUACUUUUGCAAGCAAAUUUGAUCUUCUGAAGUUAUAUGAAAUUUACUCAUUUUGGUGCAUACAAAGUGUCAAUUUAUUACUCUUGCAUACUAACCUCAAACAAAACAUAACAUAAGCUUAACAAUCAAUUUGAAUGAAGACAUAUAAUCCCUCAACAACUUUUCUUAAAAUGACACCCAGAAAAGAGCAGAUACCAAAUCUAAUAAACUUGCGAUAUGCAUACUCAGUCACAUUUCAACAUACUUCUGACCAGUAACUAUUACUGAACAACUCAUUUCAAAUUUAAUUUUUGGACUAAAUUAGCCUUAAGGUGAUUUCUGUUUUCUUUGUUUACUUUGCA